CCGUACACUCUAGCCGAUCCGGAUCCGGGAAUCGAGAAGAUGAUGCUGCUGCCGCCGCGGCCAUCUCCGCUGUCGAGAAACUUGGUAGCUUGGCGUCCGCUCCUCCUCCUUUCGUCUCGCAACAUUGCAGGCUCUAAUCCUCCGUGCUCAGUCGUACAUCCGUCGUCGCCGGCUGCUGCAGCUUCCGCUAGGCCGUACCCGGCGGAGGAGUUAUGUGCGCUGGAGCAGCUCAAGGUCGAGGUCGGUACGGAGCAACACCUAGAUUGGUUUCUAGGGUUCAAGAAUUUGAUGAACAGCUACUACAAGGGCCGCGUAGGGAAGGAGGCGCUCCCCGAUUUGAUAAUGGAAUCGAUUCUCAAGUUCAGGGCUGAAACCAAUAAUAAGGAGUUGCCGGAGGAGAUUCAGGGUGUCUAUGUAGAGAAAGAAGCGAUAAUCCUCAGGGGAGAUUGGAUUAUAGAGUUGCAGAACUUGUUGAGGGAAUACAUCAAAGGCAAAAAGCAUUUGCUUCCUGCGAUCAGGAAAAAGCUUCUGAAGAUGAGACUGUCAGGGAAGCAUGAUCACAUGGUGACCGCGUAUCCAGAUGUGAUGUGCAGAGCAGCUCAAGUGACAUAUACAACAACCAGAGCCGAAUACUUCGACAACUAUGCCAACCUCAUUCUUCCAGAUGAUGUCAAGGACAAACUGGCGGAGAAGGUCAGAUUGUUAGUCCCUUCAGAGUUCAUCGAGGAAGAGUAUGUCAAGGGGAAGCUGAUGAGGAAGUUAAGGCGCUAUUCGGAGAUUGAUUAUGAGGAAGAGCUUGAGCUGUAUAGAGAAUUUGAGAGUGAAGUACUGAUAGAUUAUAUAAACAGAGUUGAAGCCAAGGAGGAGGGUGCAACAACACAAUUUUGUCGUUUUGACGAUGAUGAUGAUGAGAAGAAUGCUCGUGAAGUUGUCAGGAAAUACAACACCUUGACUGAUGAAGCUGUGAGUAAGUGUCCAAGGAGAUAUAUUUUCGAUGAACCAAAAGAGUUGGCAUAUAUACACACAGAUUGGGCUCGUCGGCUCCACUAGAGUCAUCUACUGAAUUUGGUGUUAUCGCUUGGGCGAAUGUAUAAUCUUUAAUAAUCCAAUCUGAUAGAUUUUGUGCUCCAGUGAUUUAUGCAUAUUUCUCUUUGAUUCCUCCUAACAUUUUGGAAGCUAAAGAUUCUUAUUUAGUGAUGAAUUUGGUGUUAUCGUUUUAUUUUCUGAAUGAGACCAUAAGAGAAGAAAGAGCUGGGGAUGCGGAGUGGUCUUUCUGAAUUGUUAGGGGGUACAGGGUUAACUUAUCCGACGAAAGUAAAGGGAAGGACAAUCAUCAAUCUGCCUCCAAUUUCAGCACCAAUCUCGAUUGAGAUAAGGAGGUUGAUUGGAAGACGAAUUUGGUCGGAUGGGAAGGGAUUUAAUAGUUUUAUUUUUUUAUUAAUUUAGUGAUGUGGAAAUAUUAAAAGAAUUAAAUUUAU